AUGGACCAGGAACCCAAUCCGCUUGCCAUUGAGUGUCUAAAAAACACCAUCUGGCAUGCCCUGGAUCAAAAUUUGUUGCCUACAGCACUGUUCACGGCAGAGCGUCUUUACGGAAUGGAUGGCACGUCCCCAGAUACAGCCCACCUUGUUUCCCUUGUUCACUACCGUGCACAGGAAUACAACAAGGCAGCCAGUUUUUAUACAAGCUCCAUUAACAACUCUUCGCAUCUGGGGUGUCUCUACAUUUAUUCUCUUUCAUGUUUUGAGCUUAAAGAAUACUCAAAGGCCAUUUUUGCAUUAGAAAAAAGCACAUCGCUAUGGGAAAACGUACCCACAAGUUCGCUUUCUUCAACAAGCACGCGUCUUGUUCUCCCCACAGCUGCCAUGAUUCACACGCUUCUCGGCAAACUUUAUCGUGCAGUUGAAUCGGACGUCAAGGCUAUUCGCAGCUUUGCAUUUGCAUUACGUCUUGAUCCGUUCAUUUGGGAGGCCGUUGAGGCACUCUGCCACUAUGGCGUUGACUUGCAAGUUUCAUCCAUUUACAAUAGCAUAACACAAGAUGUGUUGCCUAAACCCGCAGAAGAAGACCCGCCAGCAUCACCGGAAAAGGCAACAACAUCAACUCCAUUUUCCUUUGGCAAACAGUCGGACUCAUUCAACUUCAACCCUAGCACAUUUAUUGGCCGUCCAACAACUAGAACUAGACAAAAACAACAGCCAACAACUCCAGCUAUGGGGGGUACCCCGGCUCCAAAGUUUCUCUUUGGCUCAGGCUCAACUCCUAUUGUCACCCCAAUGAAGGAUACCUCAGACCCAGCAUUUACAACGCCUACAGACUCGCGCGCAUCUGCAGCCAGAGCACUACAAAAUGCACCCAUUAGACGUGGCGCGCGAGCACCCCAAGGCGGACCAGCAUCUCUUUCUCUUUCAUCAUCAUCAGCAAUGAAUUCUUCAACAGAAUUUGCGCCACGCAGAAGCACGCGCCAGGCAGCCGAAGUUGCCAAGAAAAACAUUUCAGCAUCAUCAUCAUCAUUAUCAUCAUCAUCGUCACGGUUUGGAGUGAGCUCCAAUGGAAAUGUCUCCACUUCUUCCAAACCAACUUUUGCAAUGGGCCCACCUACAACAGUUCCAGGACUCAAAAGCAGAUCAUCAACCAAACAAACUAAAAAUACCACCGAAGACCAAACAAGCGAAGACGCACUUGUAUUUAUUAUUAAUCUUUAUACCCUAUUUGCCAAGGCAUGCUUACACUUUUGCAAAUAUGACUGUACAACUGCACUAACUAUUUUACAAGAUUUCCCUGAAUCUCAAAAACAAACACCUUGGGCCUUGGCAAAGUAUGCACGAAUUCAUUUUGAAAAGGUCGAGUAUGCAAAGUCGCUUGAAUAUUUUGAGGCACUAAGGGUUACAGACCGGUUCCGCAUAGAGGACAUGGACUACUACUCGACAUUACUAUGGCAUCUUCAUAAGGACUAUGAGCUAUCACAUCUUGCAUACGACUUGUCAAACUUUGCACGCAACAAGUACCAAACAUGGUGCGCAAUUGGCAACGCGUGCUCACUGCAACACGAGGCUGAUGCGGCUUUGAGAUGUUUUCGAAGAGCCUCGCAAGUAGAUCCUAGCGCGCCGUACCCUUACACGUUGCAGGCACAUGAGUAUGUGGCCAACGACUCGUACGAACACGCGCAAGAUUCGUACCGGUUGGCUCUCAAGGCUGAUAAGCUGCAUUACAAUGCGUGGUACGGACUGGGGAUGGUGUUUCUACGCCUCGGCAAUACCAACAUGGCCGAGGUGCAUUUCCGACGCGCAGCAGCCAUCAACCCCAUCAAUGUGGUGCUCAUUUGCUGUAUCGGCAUGGUGCUUGAGAAGCGCGGCCAGAAUGAAGAUGCGCUUGCACAGUACAGCCGUGCGACUGCCAUGCAACCCAGCAGCGCAAUGUCUCGAUACAAGCGCGCGCGGCUCUUGGUCAAACUGCGCCGGUUCGAUGAGGCCUUGCGUGAACUCCGCGUGCUGGCAACGCUGGCGACUGACGAGGCUAGUGUAUUCUUUUUGCUUGGCCAGGUGUACAAGCUACUAGGCGAAAAGGAGGAUGCCGUCAAGGCCUUUACCGUGGCGCUUAAUUUAGAUCCUAAGGGUAGUCAGAUGAUUGAGGAAGCUCUCGAGAGCCUCGGUUAUGAAAUGGGCGGCGCUGGUAAUACCGGUGCGUCUAGUAGUAGUGGUAACGGUGGGGUUGUCCAACCAAAUCCAGCCAUUAUAGUAACGUAG